ACCAGAACUGUGACUGUAAGUUGCGGAAAGUAAACCACCACUGCGUUAGACAUUUCCUCUGCCUCCCCCACUGGCAGCUGACUUUCCUCCCCGCCCAGAUUUUUGUUCACCGCGUUAUAUCUAAAUUUUGUCAACUGGGACUGUUUCUUGAGAGGCCCUUCAAUUGGAUUCAGUUUAGUUGAAAUCUGACAAUCAAGGAUCACCAGAUUGAGAACUGCAGAAAAAUGGCUAUGGUUGCUUCUGCUCCCGGGAAGGUUUUAGUGACUGGUGGAUACCUCAUUUUGGAGAGGCCUAAUGCUGGGAUUGUACUAAGUACAAAUGCUCGAUUUUAUGCAAUUGUAAAACCGCUUUAUGAGGAAAUUAAACCUGAAAGUUGGGCGUGGGCAUGGACGGAUGUGAAAUUGACUUCUCCUCAGAUGGCAAGAGAAGCUAUGUACAAAUUGUCGCUUAAGCAUCUCCUGCUUCAGUGCGUUUCUUCAAGUGACUCAAGGAACCCGUUUGUAGAGUAUGCACUGCAAUAUGCAAUCGCAGCAGCACGUGCCACAUUUGACAAAAAUAAGAAGGAAGAGUUGCAUAAACUGUUGUUGCUAGGUCUUGACAUUACAAUAUUAGGUUGCAAUGAAUUUUAUUCAUAUAGGAAUCAGAUCAAAGCACGUGGGCUUCCGUUGACUCCGGAGUCAUUGGCUUCCCUUCCACCUUUUACUUCCAUUACCUUCAAUGUAGAAGAAUCAGGUGGGCAAAAUUGCAAGCCUGAAGUUGCCAAAACUGGAUUGGGCUCAUCGGCAGCUAUGACAACUGCCGUCGUUGCUGCUUUACUUCAUUACCUUAGAGUAGUUAAUCUUCCUUCCUUGGCCAAUGGUCAUCUUCAAGGGAAUGAAGGGGCUAAAGAAAUGGAUGUUGUACAUAUCAUUGCUCAAACAGCUCACUGUAUUGCACAGGGUAAAGUGGGUAGCGGUUUUGAUGUGAGUUCUGCUGUUUAUGGCAGUCAGCGGUAUAUUAGGUUUUCACCAGAAGUACUUGCUUCUGCUCAGAAUGCUGUUCAAGGAAUGUCGAUAGAAGAUGCCAUAGCUGAUGUGCUAAAAGCCAAUUGGGAUCACGAGCGGACUACAUUUUCAUUGCCUCCGAUGAUGACUCUAUUACUAGGAGAACCAGGAACAGGUGGAUCAUCAACACCCUCAAUGGUUGGUGCUGUAAGGAAGUGGCAAAAGGCUGACCCUCAGAACGCUUUGGAUACAUGGAAGAAGUUGUCAGAAUCAAACUCUGCCCUUGAGUUUUACCUCAGCACCUUAAGCAAAUUGGCAGAAAAUAAUUAUGAUAUUUAUAGAAGUGCCAUUGACAACUGCAGCAAGCUAACAUCAGAGAAGUGGGCAGAGGGACUCACUGAACCAAACCAAAUAGAAGUUGUCAAGGCACUAUUAGGUGCUAGAGAUGCCAUGCUUGGUAUCAGGUGUAACAUGCGGAAGAUGGGCGAGGCAGCUGGAAUUCCUAUAGAACCUGAAUCACAAACUCGACUGCUGGAUACAACAAUGAACAUGCAAGGAGUCCUCUUGGCUGGUGUUCCUGGUGCGGGUGGGUUCGACGCAGUCUUUGCUGUCACCUUGGGUGCUGCAAGCAGCAAUGUGUUCAAAGUUUGGAGUUCACUCAAUGUUCUUGCCUUGCUAGUGAGAGAAGAUCCUUGUGGGGUCCGUUUAGAGACCAAUGAUCCACGAGCAACACAAAUCACAACUGCUGUUUCUUUAAUGCACAUCGAAUGAAAUUUGCAACUACUAGCAAACGGAGUUCAGGUAACACAUUGUAAUAUUUCCAA